CUCUGAUAUCGACAUACACCCCGGUAGCCCCGGGGCGUUCUUCUGUGCUUUAGUGAGGAUCUUAUCUGGACAGGAACUGAAUGGUGCACAGCUCCACAGCUUAAUAUUGGCCAUGUAGUCGCUAAUCCUGAACCAUCGUGCGCAUAUUGCCUUCAUUGUUCCAUUCUUGACAAUUCAUAUGGUCCAGGUCUGCAGGUUGCAAACUUUCUAAACUCCUCAUUCUCAGUUUCCAUUACCCCAUCAUACAUACGCCUUCCUCUUCACCAUGUCUACUUCAAACGCCUCUACCGCUACCCAGACCUUGGACCCACCGCCGGCCAAAGAAACGUCACAGGCACAGGCACAGGCCACAGUUCCUCGCAAGCGAAGAAGAAGAGCUCCAGCAAGCGGUGCUGCCGAAGACUGCUUUACUUGUCGUAAACGUCAGACCAAGUGUGACCGACGUCGUCCAUACUGCACUCAGUGUAUUGAACUUGGCAAAGAAUGCUCCGGCUACCGAACCACGCUGACUUGGGGAGUCGGAGUUGCAAGUCGCGGCAAGCUUCGUGGCAUGUCCUUGCCUGUACCAAAGUCACCAUCAAAGAAUGAUAGCACCAGCAAGGAGACAAAGAUCACCAAGACUGCAGCUUCAAAAAGCACCGUCAGCACCCCUUCUGUCUUCACUCCAGCGCCGGCUGCUUCUCGCCAAAGCCCAGACUUCAACCACUAUGCCUCGGCACCAACCACCAACCAUAUCGUCAGCAAUGCUCAGGACUACUUCGCUGUAAACGCUACAAGUCCGAUUCCAAUCCCAACUGCUUCGGCUCAACAAAUGAACUGGCAUGUACAGGCUAAUCCCUUUGACUUCAACGAGAAAGUCUUGAGUUCGAACCACCUGCAGUCUAGGCCACAGAUUGGUCGUAUCUAUACGUCCAUCUCAUCCUAUGACACAAUCUCAGCCUCGACUGGAUCCAUCAGCGCCUACAGUGAUCGGGAUUAUCCUUCGCCUAGCGACUUCAGCCAACCGGACGAUUUCAGCUACACCGAUUCGCAUAUUCCAUCCUACCCCGGAGUUUAUAUUAGCGAGCCACAUUCCUAUGAAAGUCUGUCUCGCCAGACGUCCUAUGGCCUGACCAGUGACGCCAUGAGCUCUAGCAUGAGUUCGGAUCAAAGUCAACAUGAUUUCCUGGACAGCGCUGGAAUCCAUGGCUCGUAUAGCUCGGCAGGAGGAGACUUUGUCAAAUUCGAGCCAAUCUAUGAGCAUGACUUGCAGCACAGCAUGGACAUGGUCCCCCAGCACUCUCCAACCAGCUACUACCAGCAGAUGGAGAACUUGUUGGUAGAUAGCUUAGCAGGCGAGUCCGGAGUCUUUCCACCCAAUACGGCACCAUUCCUGACAAUUCCCCGUAGUGUACUCCCCCACCAAAUAUACCAAUUGUCGCCUCGCCUGCGAUUCUUGCUCGACUACUAUGACAAGGCCAUCUGCCCAGUUCUGGUCGCAUUCGAUGGUCCAACCAACCCAUACCGGAUGCACGUGAUGCACCUGGCCAUGGAGGACGAGGGAUUGAUGAAUGCGAUUGCUGCCCUGUCCACCAACAACAUUCGCAUGAGGGGCGGCACAAACAUGAAGCGCCUCGGGUACGACCAGACUUCAUGCUCGAGUCCUGGCGGCUCCCAGUCCAUCCUUCCAGAUAGUGCAUACGCCUCAGUGUCUGCUCAAGAGAUGCGGGACUUCCAGGGCGAAGCGACACAGGAGGAGUUGCGCUACAAGGCUCUGUCAAUUGAGGUGUUGAACCAACAGCUAGCAGAUCCCUCACAGGCAAAGAAUGAUUCAGUCCUGGCGACUCUUCUUGUACUUUGCCUGUUCCACGUUUGCGACAGUGGAUUCUCCAAGUUCAAGACUCAGCUGGCUGGGGUGCAGAAGCUGCUGAGCCUGCGCGAUCGCUCGCAUCAAUCGAACUUCGUGGGCUGGAUCGAGGUCUUCUUCACCUGGUUUGAUGUCAUGAACUCGUGCGUGAACGAGCGGGAGACAGAGGUGCGACCCGAGUCGCUGGACAUGCUCAAUCUUUCCACCAAUCUCGGCGCCUUGGAGCAUCUCGUCGGCUGCGAGGGACGGCUGUUCAAGUUGAUUGCCCGUCUCGGUCGUCUGAAUCUCCUGAGCCAGAAUCGGCCUGUCCGUGGGUCUGAUGCGACGCCUCGUCCAUCGCCUCAGCCCAGACGAGCCAAGGACUACUACAGCCUCACGUUCGACAAUCUUGAUGGCAAUGGCUGGGGACCCCUGGUAUCAGACUGGGAUGACGGGCGUUCGGACUUUUGGCUUGAGUGGCAGUACGUACGCGAGCGAUUGCAGGAAUGGGAGCUGCACACUGCCCCGCCAUCACAACAACAAUCACAUGCCAGUAGCCCCCCUGUCGCAGCGAUGUGUGCAGUAGUAGCACCAAUAACACUUGAUGCACCUCAGCGUGACCUGCUGCACAUCAGCGAGUCUUUCCGCUACGCCGCCCUCCUUUACAUCGAGCGGUUGGCCAAUCCAGACCUCCCGUCGUCUGCAAUGGUCUUCCAGAACCUGGUCGCGCAGGCCUUGUAUCACAUCUCACAUAUCGGCAUCACCUCGUGUGUCAACAAGUUCCUCCUCUGGCCCCUGUUCAUUGCCGGGACCGAGUGUGUGGACGAGCAUCACCGUGCCAUUGUCAGACAACGCUGCGUCGAGAUUCAGCGUGAGAGUGGCUUUUUCAACAAUCUGAGUGGGCUCGAGGUACUGGAGAGGACAUGGAAGCAAGACUACAUGCCAGCAUCUGGCGGUCCGUUCAAGUGGCGAGCGGUCAUGGACAAGGUGGACGGAGAAUACGUUUUGGUGUAAGGGUACAUAGUUUUCUUUGUUUAUGUCAUUGCAUGAGACUUCAGAUGGAACGAGCGAUGUAUGGACAACUCGUAAUGUGUUUGGAUGUGUUAUGACUGCAUUGUAUGGGGAUAUGAUGAUGUAACGCAUGCAUAGGGAUGGCGGCGGUCUACUUUGUUUAUUCAUAUCACAUGGUUGCGAGAUACCUCUGGUCUUACUGGCAUGCAUUCUUCCCUACACUGGUAUACAGAAAACAAGGGCAAUCAUCACAUUACUCACAACCAAUUUCAACGUUUUCAAUGCGUCUGCGAGAUUCAUUGCGCAAGCAUCUAAGCGAAGUCACUACCAGGCAGUGCACGUCACGGAUGGGCCCGCACAUAACACUAUCGGAGCACUUGAAAGCACUUAGAAGCCCUUGAUGCACUCAAAGCACUCGAAAGCACGUAAGAAGGAGCAUAUUGGAGUCAUACGACUCAUGAACAACAUUCUUA